CUAUGGCUGAGCAACGUUUUCUUGCCAAUUGGUAAGCGUUGAUUGGUUGAUCAAGUGUUGCGCCAUGAGGCCGUAUGACUUCUUAUGAAUGACUUGCUCAAGGAGGCAUGGUGGGCAUGGAUGGCGCGAGGAGGUAGCUUAAAAUGCAGGAUCGAAUAAAUAGAACUGACCUGCUGUCCCUUGCUACCACUUUCCCAAUCUGUGUCUGACUCCCCAUCCCCUGUGCAAAGCAAACCCAUCCACCAGCCUUUCUCAUCACCAUCUGCCGCCUCGAGUCUUCAACCGGAACUUAUACUAGAAACGCGCUUACACAAAGUCCCGCUCUUUCUCUCUCUUUCUCUCUCUCUCUCUCUCCUCUCCGUCGCGGCAGUAUAGCACCACAGCAAACCAACAACCGGCACUGACGAUGUCACCAACAUACACCAUGUCUGCACAUCUGUGCAAGCAGAUCUACUCCUCAUGGCGCCAGACACGACAGACCUCACCGGAAGCUCCCCUCUCGCCGCCCACGACCAACAUCACCCAACCAUCCUACUUCCGCCGCUCCCCCUCACCCGAGAAGCGCUCCAUGGACAGCGACCGCAGCGAUUCAGGCGACUCUAGCUGGAAAUCCUCGUCGUCUUCAUCGAAUAGCCGGUCCUAGAAGGGCUGGAGGGGAAAGGGGCUGGUUGCCUAGGAGGGAGAUAGACGAAAAGGGACAGCCGCGCCUACCCCGCCAUACCCGAAACCUUAGAGCGAACCC